CGGGCCAGGAGGUUCUGCAUGGUGGGAGGAGGGGCUGCCCAGAGUGGGAGGGGCCCCCAAGGUCAUCCGGAGUGGGGCAGCUGGAGCCCAGCCAGGAAGAGGCUGAAACCCGAGCCUCCCUUUAUUGGAGGGUUGGGCGGGGCGAGGUCAGAGGUGGAGCGGGAGAGGAGGAGCUGGAGGAGGCCCUGCCUCCGAGCCGCUUGCACCUGUGUCUGCCCUGGAGUUCGGAGCUGUCCUUGGACCGGGGGCAGGUCCACGUGCUGAGCUGGGGCGGGGGAGGGGCCUGCCUGCCAGAGGCUGCCAAGGAGCAGAGGGCAAGACGGGGGCAGCUGGGGAGCAGAGGAGCAGAGCGCCGGGGCUGCCGCGGACAUGGACGGAGCUCUGCGCUGGGGUCUCCUGGCCGCCGGCCUCAUCUCCCACGACUUCGCCACUGCUCUGAGGAGCCUGCCGCGCUCCGAGCAUCAGAUUGUGGCCGUGGCCGCCAGGGACCUGGCCCGGGCUCAGGACUUCGCCAAAAGGCACGAGAUCCCCAAGAGCUACGGCUCCUAUGAGGAGCUGGUGCGGGACCCGGACGUGGACUUAGUGUACGUCGGCACUCAGCACCCGCAGCACUUGCGCGCUGUGCUGCUGGGCCUAGAGGCGGGAAAGCCGGUGCUGUGCGAGAAGCCUCUCGGGGUCACGGCCACCGAAGUCCGCGAGAUGGUGGCAGCCGCGAGGGCCCGCGGCCUUUUCCUGAUGGAGGCCAUCUGGACCCGGUUCUUUCCCGCCACGGAGGCGCUGCGGGCUCUGCUGUCCCAGGGCAGCCUCGGGGAGGUGCGGCUGGUCCACGCGGACUUCGGCUGGGACUGCAGCGAUUUCCCGCGCGCCAACGACUGGGCCCAGGCCGGGGGCGGGCUGCUGGACCUGGGCAUCUACUGCGCGCAGUUCAUCUCCCUGGUGGCCGGGGGCCAGCGGCCGGAGAAGAUCCACGCGGUGGGGCUGCUGCACCAGAAGGGUGUGGACGACACGGUGACCGUCCUCCUCCAGUACCCGGGCGGGCUGCAGGCCAGCUUCAGCUGCAGCAUCACCACCGAGCUGUCCAACUCGAUCACGGUGUUCGGGACCAAGGGCAGGGCCCAGAUCCCGGCCCACAUGUGGUGCCCCACGGAGCUGGUCGUGAACGGGAAGCGCACCGAGUUCCCGCUGCCCGAGGCUCCAGGCGUGGACAAGUUAAACUUCACCAAUUCCAUGGGCAUGGUCUAUGAGGCCCAGCACGUGCGGCAGUGUCUGCUGCAGGGCCUGAAGGAGAGCCCCCUGAUGCCCCUGGCAGAGAGCGAGCUCCUGGCGGACAUCCUGGAGGAGAGCAGGAGGCAGAUCGGGCUCAGGUUUCCCCAGGACGGAGCCGAAGCUUCCAAGCCGCUGGCCCGUUAAGUGGUCACCCCCGGCAUCCUCUUCAGCUUGCCGCUCAC